AACUGUUAAUGUCAAAUUAAUCCAACCAAAAAUGCAAAUAAAUAGCGUCAAAACAUUUUUGUAAUGUGGGAUUGUUUUAAAUGAAAAUAUACCAACUGCUUUUGGUCCAAAAGUUUCCGUCGACGAGUUAAUUGAAACUAAAAUUUACACAUUAAAUUAAAAAUCAAGAUGUCUGAAAAAGAAAAGGGAAAGUUGACUACCCAAACAAAACACAUACCUAAAGAUGCUCAAGUGAUAAUGUCUAUCAUGAAAGAGGUUGGUAUCACAGAUUACGAGCCUCGAGUAGUUAACCAGCUUCUAGAGUUUAUUUUUCGUUACGUGACUUGUAUAUUGGAAGAUGCGCGAGCAUUUGCUAAUCACUCCAAGAAGAAGACGAUCGACCUGGACGACGUCAGGUUGGCCGUUCAGCUGCAACUGGACAAAAGCUUCACGAGUGCUCCACCGCGGGAAGUGUUACUAGAACUCGCGAGGACGAAAAAUGUUAAUCCAUUGCCAUUAAUAAAGCCACAUUGUGGACUUCGAUUACCACCUGAUCGGUACUGCUUGACAGCAUGUAACUACAGAUUAAAAGUUCCAACAAAGAAAUCUAUCACUAAACCACCACCCACUCCUGUUGUCAAAACUAUGACCACACCGAAACCUCUCUCAUCACAGCAAAAUGUGGUUGUCAAGAGACCAUCAGGGGCUAUAGUUAAUGUUUCAUCUUCUAAAGCCAAUGUAGUACCAAAACCAUUACUGAAAUUCACUUCAGGAAGCAAGGUUGUUGCAAAGCCCGCAGUACGUGUGACAGCUGGACCCUCUUCACAAGGUCCUCUCAAAAUGGAAAUCGAUGAACCUGGCGCACAAAAACGCAAGAGAGAUGAUGAUGAUUACGAUAUGUGAAGUAGGCUUCUAGUAAACUAAGUUUGAGUAUAAGCAAUAAUUAAAUUGUUUAAACUUUCGUAAGACAUCAUAAUUAAUUAAUUAAGAAACGGCUUAACUCACGUGUGA